AUGGAUUCCAACGCCAUUUCUACCCCAACUCCCUCUCCAGCAAUUAAUGUUUCUUCAGUUGAUUGCGAUCGCAAUUCUCAUGCAGCAUGUGACACUGACAUUGACAUGCAUAAUCCUGUUAUUCCAACCCAAGCCGUUAUUUCUACUGAUUUUAUUAAUGAAAACUCCGAAAACCAAAAAAAAAUCGAAAAUUCUCAAAACCCAAAAAAAAAUUCUGUUUCUGUUCCUUCUGUUUCUGUUCCUUCUGUUUCUGUUCCUUCUGUUCCUGUUCCCUCUGUUUCAUCUUCUACCGUCGCCUCUCCAACUACGGCCUCCAAUCCGGUGGCUCCAGCUGUCAAUGUGACAAGACCAAUCCAAACCUAUGCUCAAGCCACCGCUGGAGACAAGCGCACACCUCGAGCCACUACAAACACCAAUGAUCCAUCCUUCCAAAACGUGUUGAUGAAAUUUGAAAGAACUUUCAAAUGGGCAAGUCACAUCAAAAUCCUUGACUUUAAGCACCGUGACGUAUUGGAAUAUGCCAUAAGCGAGAAACGCAAAUCAGGAAAAUUGUUCUCCACCUCCAAUCCUGCUAUUAUUAAAUCCAAAGAAAAACGCGAGGAACUCGUCAAGAUCAUGGAAAUUGAAGAUUUCUUCCAAAACUACACCAGUUUUAAUAUGACAAACGAAUUCAACAGAUUGAGAAACUCUAGAAUCAGCUUGGAGAACUACUUGGAAUUUAUCAUGAGCCAACAGCAUCUUAAGGAUAUCUUAAUCUACUUUAAGAUCCCAAAAGAUAUCUUUACAGAGUUUCCUCUUGAAAAACACUUGGAAUCCAUCAAAAACGGACUCACUAAGUUAUCCAAAGAACUUGAUACUAUUACACAGUCAUCCAACGAACCAGAUAAGGAUUUGAUCAUAAUCAGGGAAAACUUAAAAGGGGCCCUCAACCACUUGGUUAUUUUUAAUAAGAAGAUCUGCCUUAACUCAAACUUCAUCCCAAACCCUCAGGAUACAGGCUCUGAUAUCUUCAAGAAGGACAGAAAUCUUUUAAUUGAAUAUCUUAACAUCCACCUUAAAGUUACAGUUGGAAAUUAUACCUACACGCCAGGGUCUUUGUUAAACACAAUGAAUAAGGAAUCCCAUUUAAUUGAGAUUGAAAUGAAUUCCGAGUUUACUGAAUUUAAUCGGGAAAAACUUCUUGACCAUGUCUUCAAUGAAUCCGGAAUUGAUCCAUCAUCCUUCUUUCCAAUCAACACCGUUCACUUUACGGAAGAAGCUAGCAAAGCUGCCAGUAUUGUCACUUAUGGUUAUAUUGAAAUUGACUCAGGAAAAUCCCUUCCACUCUUCAAUGACAAAAAUUUCCGCUCCAGAGUCAUCACGAAAUGCGUCCACUGCACUGCAUGUGGUUCCCGUGAACACACUCGUUUUGACUGCAAGACGUCAUCUUGUGCCAUUUGCAAGAAAUUAUCCCAUAGGGCAAAAGAUUGUUAUUUCAAAAAGCAAUAA